AUGGCGCGACUUGCAUCUCGUCUGCUAGGCUUCAUCCAAUUGUUGGCAGUGCUUGGUGCUGCUCAUGGAUACAUCGACAUGAUCGAGGAGCUUCAGGCUCGGCAAAUCAAUCCUGGUCAGCUCGCAGCUGCCUAUGACUACAUCGUUGUUGGAGGAGGCCAGAGCGGUCUUGUCAUCGCCAAUCGACUGAGCGAAGACACGGGCAGAUCCGUGCUUAUUGUGGAAUAUGGCUACAUCAAUGACAACCCUGGACAGCUCGAUCCGUCGAGCGCAACCGCCUAUCCACCCGCCAAUAUGUUCAACAUCUCCUCGGUGCCACAGCCCGCACUUGGAAACCGACAGCAGCAAAUCCUCGCAGCGUCCGUCGUCGGCGGUGGUUCGAUGAUAAACGGAAUGCUCUUUGACCGUGCUGCCGCCGACGACUACAACAACUGGGAGAAGUUAGGCAACCCAGGUUGGAGCUGGGAUGGUUUACUUCCGUACUUCAAAAAGGCUACGACCUUGAACCCUCCUCGAGCCGACCUCGCUGCCGAAUUCAACAUUACCUACGAUAUCGACCGCGCGUAUGGCAAUGGUCCCAUCUACGGCACCUUCCCAGACUUCCUGUGGCCGGGAAUGAAGGUCCAGUGGAACGCUUGGAAAGAUCUCGGCAUCCAAAUCAACUAUGAAGGAGCUGCUGGCGACGCCUAUGGUGUUUACUGGACACCUUCCGCAACCGAUGCGCAAUACCGUCGUUCCUACGCUCGCACCCGCUACUAUGAACCGGUCUCUACUCGUCAGAACCUCAAGCUCCUUGUCGGCCACCGAGUCAAUGAGGUCCUCUUCAAUGCUGACAAGCGAGCGGAGGCCGUCACAAUCCAGCAACGCGGCACUCCCAAUGGUGCGACGACUAUCACGGUCAAGGCUACGCAGGAAAUCAUCCUCACCGCUGGAUGGCUCCAUACUCCUCAGAUCUUGCAGCGCAGUGGAAUCGGCCCGAGAGCUCUUCUCCAGCAGGCGGGAAUCAACGUUCUUGUAGACCUUCCGGGCGUUGGCUCUAACCACCAAGAACAUCCGUAUUUCUUCGGCCAAUUCUCAUACCAGACGGACGUCACCCCGAACCCGUCAUCUCUGUUUGCUGAUGUGCAAUUCCGAAACUGGGCGGACCAACAGUGGCAGCAGAGGAAGGGACCGAGGUCAAUCGGUGUUGGCAACGGCUUGGCCACCGUCCCUCUUCCCGACCUAAGCACGCGAUACCAAGCCAUCAUCGACAAAGCCAAAGCCCAAAAUGCUGCUACCUACCUCCCGAGGACUUACACUCCAGAGCAGAUCCAGGGUUUUACAGCACAGCGCGACGUCAUGCUCGCCUCUUUCGCGAAGCGGGACAACGGCGUUGUCGAGAUCCCCUUCUCCGGCGGAGCUGGCAACAUUCUUGUGCUCAUGAAACCCCUCAGCCGUGGCACCGUCCUGCUGAACACCGCUGACAGAUACGCCGAGCCCAUCGUCGACUUCAACGCGAAUGUCAAUCCCGUUGAUGUGGACAUCAUGGCCGACAUGCUUCGCUUCUACCGAAGGUGGAUGCAGACACCUAGCAUGCGUCAGCUCUCCCCCGCCGAGCAGAGCCCUGGUGCUGGCGUUACGAGCGACCAGCAGAUUGGCGACUACCUCACAAGAACGGUGGGUGCUUCAAUCGGUCACUCGUGCUGCACGGCGGCGAUGCAGCCGCAGGACCAAGCGGGUGUUGUCUCUCCUGAGCUGACGGUAUACGGUGUCACCGGACUGAGCAUUGGAGAUAUUUCGAUUAUGCCCCUCGACCCAGCAACCCAUACGUGUGCUACGGUCUACGCCAUUGCCGAGAAGGCCGCAGACCUCAUCAAGGCACGCUAUGACCCCACCAUCCCCUCACCUCCGAACACUCCGGCCACAACUCAGCCUGGCAGCCCGCCGCCUACGACGAGCAACCCUCAGCCCACGCAGCCUCCGAGCUGCACCGUCCCACAGUGGGGUCAGUGUGGUGGACAAGGUUACUCAGGAUGUACGACCUGCGCAUCCGGAUCUACAUGCUCAAUCUCGAACGAUUGGUAUUCCCAGUGUAUUUAA